UAAGAUCUUGAGUUCUUGACAAGUUGGGAAAAGGUACUCAAAUUGAAUAAUCUAAUCAAGGUUUCAUUUUUUUUUUUUUUUUUUUUAAUACCAAACUGUGAUAUAGAUAUACUUACAAGCAGCAUCUCCACACAAUCAAAUCAAAUCAAAUCAAAUCAAAAAAUGAAAAAACUAUCAUUUGCUCUGCAAUCAUCAAAACCCCCAAAACCAUCCAUCAAGCCUUCUUCAUCAUCAUCAUCUAUUCAAAAACAAUUCGUUACAGAAUUCGACCCAUCUAAAACCCUAUCCGACCCGAAUUCCCAAAACCCUAAAAUCAUUCCCCCAAUUUCCAACAACUGGCAGCCUUACGAUAAAUCCGAUAACCCCAAUCUCCAAUUCGAGACCUCCGAUUCGAUCAUCGAACCCGUUGAUCCGAAUAUCGUAUACGGUCUCAAUCUUCGGGUUAAGAAGGACCCGGAUGAGGGUCUGAGAGAGAGUAAUGUGAAUUCGGGUUCUGGGAUGGAUAGUUUGAUGCUGAAUAGAUAUAGGAAUGAUAUAAGUAAGUUGCCUGAUGAUAGAGGGAUGGAUGAGUUUGUCGGUAUGGCGGUUGAGGAUUUCGGGGCGGCCUUAUUGAAAGGUUAUGGGUGGGUUGAAGGGAGAGGGAUCGGGAGGAAUGCUAAAGAGGAUGUUAAGGUUGUCGAGAUUUUCAAACGAACCGGGAAAGAAGGGCUUGGGUUUGUUAAUGAUAUACCCAUGCCCUUGUCGAAAAACGAUAAGGAAAGCGGCGUAAAACGAGACGGGAAUGUUGGUAGUGGUGAUAGGAUAGGUAAAGAUAAAAACUUGAAUGUAAAUCGGAUUGAUAGGAAUGGCGGUGAGAGGAAGGGUAAUGAUAGGAAGAGUAACGAUUCGAGGAGGGAACAUAAGGAUGACAAAAAGGAUAAGAAAAGGAGUCGAGAUAGAUACGAAUAUGAAACACCGAAAAAAUCUUGGUUGAAUAGUCGGAUCAGGGUUAGGAUCAUUAGCAAAGAGUUAAAAGGCGGGAGGUUGUAUUUACAAAAGGGUGAGAUUGUGGAUGUUGUAGGGCCGACUACGUGUGAUAUAUCCAUGGAUACUAGUAGGGAGAUUGUACAAGGAGUUGACCAGGAGUUUCUCGAGACUGCGUUGCCACGACGUGGGGGGCCUGUUCUUGUUUUGUAUGGUAGGCAUAAGGGUGUGUAUGGGAGUUUACAGGACAAGGAUAUGGAUAAUGAGACUGCGGUUGUUCGUGAUGCAGAUACACAUGCGUUGUUGAAUGUUAAGUUGGAGCAAAUUGCCGAGUAUGUUGGAGACCCUGAUGAUAUUGCAUACUACUGAUUGUUGUCAUGUUUCAGAAUUGCAAGAUAUUCUCCCUGGCAUUCUGAACCAGUUGGGACCAGAUAACUUGGAUAACUUGAGAAAGUUAGCGGAGCAGUUCCAGAAGCAAGGAGCAGGUGCCGGUGAAGGUGCUGAUGCUAUUGCAACUGCACAAGAGGAUGAUGAUGAUGUCCCAGAACUCGUGGCUGGCGAGACAUUUGAAGCUGCUGCAGAGGAAGGGUAGAAGUCGUAGGGUAUGUUCAAGUGCACCUUGUGUUGCUUAUUAUAUAUGCAUUAGUUUUUAAUGCCCUUUUUUGUUUAAAAGAAAAUACUAUUUCAGUAUGCAUUUUGAUGUUUGUUGCAUAACUUGUAGGAGUAUGUAUGUUGUGUUUGCUAUUCAGUGUUUGCAUUUUUCUAAGAAAAUCAUACUUUUCUGUUGCUGGAAAGAAGCGGCAAUAUGAACCCCUAGACUUUACGCAGUCUCGGAUUCAUUUUGGAUUAAGAUAUCAUAUUCUUGUUUAGUUUA